CUUUUCCAGCCUUGUCAUUGGUUGAGCGCUUGGAAUGGCGCCCAAGGGAGAGAAGAAGCCCGCGAGCAAAGCCCCCGCGGAGAAGAAGCCCGUGGAGAAGAAGCCCCGGGCGGCGGCAGCGGCGGACAAGGAUGGAUCCGGCGGCGGCGGUGGCGGAGUGGCGGCGGCGGCGAUGAAGAAGAAGCGCAUGAAAAAGGCGACGGAGACGUACAAGAGCUACAUUUUCAAGGUGCUCAAGCAGGUCCACCAGGAGAUUGGGAUCUCGAGCAAGGCCAUGGGGAUCAUGAACAGCUUCAUCAAUGAUAUCUUUGAGAAGCUCGCGCAGGAGGCGGCGCGGCUGGCGCGCUACAACAAGAAGCCCACCAUCACGUCGCGCGAGAUCCAGACCGCCGUGAGGCUCAUCCUCCCCGGCGAGCUCGCCAAGCACGCCGUGAGCGAGGGGACCAAGGCGGUCACCAAGUUCACGAGCGCGUAGUAGUGAUCGUGAUCUUCUCUUUCUCAUCGUUUAGGCCAGAGAGUUCUUAUUUGAAUCACUUUGCCCUAAACAAAGAGUGUUCUUCUUCCA